AUGGAAGCACCUCUUAUGUUUGAAGUGUUAAUGUACCUUAAUUCCUAUUACUUUGGUAUGUUCUCUAUAUUCGAAUUUUCUCUUAUAUGUGCUAAAUCAAUAGAUGAUGCUCGUAAAAAAAUAUCAUCGCUAGAUGAACUUGUAACUAAUAUGACAGUGUUUGUGUUCCUCUGUCUCAUUGAAGUGUUCCGUACGUUUUUAUCACGCCGAGAUAAUGCAGCAGACAAGGCGAUAUGUGUUGUACUGUCACUUAUUCUUACCGUGCCAUCAGCAAUAGGAGUUCUGUAUUUUUUGUUGUGGCAAAAAAGAACAUUCCGGCUUGAAAAUAUUCUAGGAUGCAUACAACUUGUGCUUCAAGCAACUCAAGUAUUCUUUGGUAUUGUCUCAUUACUGACAUUCAAGAGCAGUGAUUCAACUACUUGA